ACAGAGGAGGAACCUGGACCUUUAAGAGGAGAUUUUGAAAAAAGUACCACCAAAGUGAGCCGGACGUUCAGCUACUUGAAGAGCAAAAUGUACAAGAAAGCCAGAGAAAAAGAAAAGGAAAAGAAUCGGGAGAAAGACCGAGAGGCCAAAGAGAGAGAGAAGAAAUCAGUGAAUGGACACGUGUUCAGCACGUCAAGCUCGCUGCAUCUAGCUUUGUGCCAGCAAUGCAACAAAACCCUCAACACUAAAGAUACUGUCAACUGCACAAAUUGCAAUGUGAGAGUUCACAAGAGUUGUAGAGAAAACGUCCCGGUUUGUCCCAAAAGCAGAAUGAAGUUUGCUAUACCAGAGUCCACCACUAUGCCUGUCGUCACUCUACGAACAAAAUCAUCCACACUGCGGGAACGGCCCUGGUCUGCUAUCUUUUCUCCAGAGGAACAUUCUGUGAUUGUCCCGUCCAGACGACCCACCAGUAUUAUGCCCUUCCACAGCAGCAACCUCUCGAAAAGCAUGUCCAUCAACAAUAUUGCAAUGUUUGACGAUACGCCUCUGAGAAGCAGGCGGUAUCUGUCUCAAUCCACAGACUCCCUCCACAAACCCAACAAGGUUACAGCGUCCAAUGAGUCUCUAGAUGAAGGAACGGAGAUGGUUGACAGCCGGCUGAUGGGAGACUUUGAAACAGAUGUUAAGGAACUGGAGGCUGACUCCUGGAGCCUUACUGUAGAUAAGAAAUAUCUGAAGCAACUCAAGAAGGACGUCAUCAAGAGACAAGACAUCAUCUAUGAGCUGAUCCAGACGGAGAUGCAUCACCUGCGGACGUUACGGAUCAUGUCUGAUGUGUACAGUAAAGGCCUGCUGACAGAUCUCCAGCUGGAGGGCCAGAUGGUGGAGAAGAUGUUUCCCAUGCUGGAAGAUCUCCUGGAGCUCCAUUCGUUCUUCUUCAGCGCUCUGCAAGAGAGGAAGAAGGAAGGCAAGCUGGAAGGGACGGAUGGAUUCAUAAUCAACAGGAUAGGAGAUGUGCUGUUCAGCCUGUUCUCAGACUCCAAUGCAGAAAACAUGAAGAAAAUCUAUGGCAGAUUUUGCAGUCGACACAGUGAAGCAGUGAACUUCUACAAGGAGCUGCACGCCAGGGACAAACACUUCCAGGCAUUCAUCAGGAAAAAAAUGAGCAGCAGUGUUGUCCGGCGUCUGGGCAUCCCAGAGUGCAUAUUACUGGUGACUCAGCGCAUAACAAAGUACCCGGUGCUUUUACAGAGAAUCCUGCAGCACACCAAAGAGACCGAGAAGGAUUUUGAGGACUUGACGCAGGCGCUACAGCUGGUGAAAGAUAUCAUUGCUUCAGUGGAUAAUAAAGUGAACGAGCAUGAGAAGAAGAAAAGGUUGAAAGAGAUCUACGGCCGUACGGACAGCAAGUCCAUCACGCGCAUGAAGAGUGGCCAGAUGUUCGCCCGAGAGGAUCUGCUGCGCAGUCGCAGGCUUCUCCAUGAUGGUCCUCUGCAGCUGAAGAACGCUGCUGGGCGACUGAAGGAUGUCCACGCACUUCUUCUUUCUGAUGUCUUUUUGUUCUUCCAAGAAAAAGACCAGAAAUAUGUUUUUGCAUCUUUGGACCAGCGAGCCACCGUUAUUUCCCUGCAGAAGCUGAUCGUGCGAGAGGUGGCCCACGAGGAGCGCGGCCUCUUCCUCAUCACCGCCGGCAUCGCAAACCCCGAGAUGGUGGAGGUUCACGCCAGUUCCCGAGAGGAGCGCAACACCUGGAUGCAGCUCAUUCAGGAUGCCAUGCACUCAGUAGAAAAGGAUGAUGAUGAGGGGAUCCCAAGUGAAACAGAGGAAGACAGGAAGCUACUUGAAACAAAAACUAAAGAAAUGAGAGACAUGCUCCAGAGGAAAGAUGAACAGAUCGUAUCACUCCUUCUGGAGAAGAUGAAGCUUUUCCGUGAAAUGUGCGGUUCGUCCGACGACACGGCUUCGGCGGUCAAAAUGCUCUUCAGGACCAACAACGAGGACAUCCUCAAGGGGGAACCCAUCAUGAUGGACGCUCUCAGAGAGGUGGAGAUGUUGCAGGCGCUGGUGAACAGCAGUCUGGGAGGGGCGGUGGGACAGCAGGUGGCCUGCGCUCCGGGGAACAUGGGACCCGUGUGUCUGCCACGCAGAGCCGAGACCUUCGGAGGGUUUGACAGCCACCAGAUGAACAUCUGCAAACAUGGUGACAAAGAGGAAGCUGAAGAUCUUCGGAGGACAGAAUCUGACAGUGUACUGAAGAAGGGAGGAAACGCCAACCUACCGCUCCUGCUGAAGACAAACAGCGAGCAGAUCCUGACUAGUGUCACUCACCUUCAUGACCUCCUCAGCUCACUUCAGGCCGUAGUGCUGCAGCAGGACACUUUUAUCGAGGACCAGCGUCAGGCCCUGAGCGAGCGCACCCCGUCCCGCUCCUCCUCUCGUCCCCCCUCGCUGGUGGAGCAGGAGAAACAGCGUAGCUUGGAGCGGCACCGACAGGAGGCCGCCGCUCUACAGCGCCAGCAGGCCGCCCACGCCGAAGAGAAGCGGCGCAAGGAAAAAGAGUGGGAUGUGAAGGAGCAGGAGCUGACGGACCGCGAGGUGCUGCUGCACGUGAAGGAGGAGGAGAUGCGCAGGAGGAACAAAGAGCUGGAGGAGGCGCAGCAGGGGCUGCAGGGAAGGAAGGAGGACUAUCAGAGGGAUCUAGAGAGACUGAGGGAUGCUCAGAGGAGGCUGGAGAGGGAGAGGGAGCAGCUGCAGAGGGAGGCGGAGAGAGUGGAGCACCUCCGUGAGGUGGAGGCUCGGCUUCAGCGCACACCCUCCAGCACAUCAGAGGACUCCCUGAAGCUCCAGAGCAGCAGCUCCAUCGAGCGAGAGAUCUUGGAGGGCGAGUUAUCGUCCAGCCCCAGGAAGAACUCUCUGUCCAGGAUGGACUCCAAACAGAAGGGCCGCAGCCUCUUCUCCCUGGGCGGCAAAACUCAGAGCUUAGAAGGACAACACCAGAUCCCCACACGACUGCUUCAGCUGGCUUCAUCCAAGGAGAAGAAGGACAAAAAGAAGAAGAAGAGCAAGAGCCAGCCUCCUCAGGAUGCAGCAUCACAUCUGCUGCCCCUGACAGAGCCUUCAAUGGACGGGGAGAUCUUCUUCUGCUGAUUUACCCAUCAUCCCUUCUGUCCACAUCAUUCCCGUUCAUGGACUCUCUAUCAAAUCAUGUAGGAAGUCACCCAAAGUGCCCUCUUCACAUUUUGGCAAUCGUUCUACAAUAUAAUAAAUCUCACAGACACAGAACAUGUCCAGGUUGCAUUACACCCCAAAAUCAAAAGAAAAAUGAAAAAUAAUAUUUUGCCUAACCCAAAUCAAUACUAUUCUAGAAUUGUUUUUAUUUUUUGUGACAUUAUUUUAAUAACAAUUUAGCCCCCAAAUUUUCAUUACCGUAAUGUAUAAAUAGUAGUAAUAUAUUAUUUCAAUUGUAAAGUAUUUAUAUACUACGGUAAAUGUUUUUCUGCUUUUAAAUAGUGUUUUAUUACAGUAGUUUUUGCUGUAAUAAAGUUUUCUCCAUCACAGUAAUGAGAAUAACCAUUGGGAAUAAUAAUUAGUGAUUAUUAUAAAAAUAAAAAAAACCUCGUGUUGCAUAAUGGUAAUGUGAAUAUAUAUAUAUAUAUAUAUAUAUAUAUAUAUAUACCCAUUACCAUUAUGCAUCACGAUUUGUUUCCCCAGACAACAUAUCGCUACAAAAUAAAAUCUUAUAUUUGCACUUGCUUUCAAAUGUUUAUCAGACAAAUCCCAUCUUUGAAUACUUGUUAAAAUGUGCAUUGUAUAUAAAUUUCAAUUACUGCACUCAUUUACAAAUGAACUGUGCCACCAAAAACGUUCAAAAUACAAAACUGGGGAUUGUUGCUCCCCCUAUUGGCCAACUUUUUUAGGCUGAAAAAUCAUUUCGGCUUAUUGCGCACAAGAAUGACUAUUUACAAUUUAAUCACGGUUUUAACAUUUAAACGGAUUCGGGGCAAGAGGUGGUUUUCCGUUUCCCCCAUGUUUUCUACUUUAGCUUCUCGAAGGAGUCCCGUCUUUGAAAUGCCACCGAGCACUUUAACACCAUUCACACGUUACCCUUGCCCCUAUAAUGACAAUCAAUUUUUCAUUAGCAUUCCAAAGAUAAAGCCCUAAGGACAGUUUUUGGGGGCCAUUGUAUAACAUACCAUGGCAUUUCAUGCUAGUUUGAGAUUCUCUAAUCCUGCGUUGAAUUCUUCAUGACUUUAGCAGGACGGAUGAGCUGUAAAUACUGUAUGAACUGUAGACACCUGAGGGAUAUUUAAAGCAACCUGCUGGACAGGUAAAAGAGAUUAACAUCCACGCAGGAUAGUGUACCUCACCUAUACAUCCACCCUUAUGGAUCAAAAGCACCAUAUCAUAUCUAAAUAUCAAUAAUAAUACAAUUAACACCGUUUUUGCACUCAAAGUUGUCCACCUAUUUCAUCACGCGUGAAUAUUCACCUUGCAAUCCUACAGGAUUUUGUUCAGCUAGACAUUCUGUUGGCUUGAUUUUGAGUUAUUUAUUGUUCAAUGAGAAUUUUAAUUGUAAUUUUUUUAAGCAGUACAUGCUCUUAAAGUCUCAUUUGUGCAGGUUUGCGUUGCAGCUUUCACCUGCGCUGACUUGAUUCCGCCAUGAGGGAGCAGUAGAGAAGCGUUUUAUAAUUGAAGGCUCCUCUGUGGUUUUACAUAACCUCUCAGUGAUGAUGUCAGAGGAGACACAGUGAUGCAGUGCAGGAAUUAUUAUUUCUUCACAUGCACAAAGGGAAUCAUUGGUUCGUCAUUUAAGGAAAACGGUGCCUAUGGCCUUACAGAACUGUCAGCGACACAUGUCCUCAGGAACAAACAAGGAAAACUCAAUCCAGGCGGUAUACGCAUUGUUGCCGUCUCUCAUGCGUAAAUGUAAACUUAAGUUGCUUAGCCUUAAAGAAAUGAUGGUGUGCACUAAAAUAUAACCCAGCAUUUUCUCAGGAGUAUAGGUUAGUUUUAUCAUCUUUGUUUUGAAAGCAAGGUUUCAUUUGUACAUUGAGGUACAUACAUUUUCUUGCUUAAAAAAGGAAGAAUUAAUAUUAUGUAAAUAUUUUGUGUAACAUGUUUAAAUGUAAAAUUCUGAAAAUGUUUAAUUUGUGAUUAAUUUUGUAAAAUGUGUUUUGUGAGACGUAAGGCUUUAUUUAUCAGUGAUCCCCUUGUGUAAGAAGACGAUAUUUCCUCACAUUAAAAGCUG